CUGCGCAGUUUAUGAAGACGGUCAGUCGUUGAAGUUCAAAUUCUCUCGUGCACUCCUGUACAAGUGUCAUUAGGAAACCACAUCAACAAGGAAGAAUGACAGAUCCUUUCGUGCAGAGGAUGAUGGCCAGAAGCCAGGCCCGUCGACAAAACAAAGAAAAUGCUGGAGUGACAGAGGCAACUCGUUCCCGUUUGAAACAGAUAAAUUCCCUUUAUGGUGAGGAAAACCAGCCACCACCUGGUUCUUUAAGGUCUAGUAAUAGUGAUCUUAAAGGCCAUCAAGAUAUCAGCCCAAAGAAGAUAGCAGCCUCACUGGUUAACGAGCCAUUGUGUUCCCCAUCAAAGUCUGAAGGAAACACUUCACCCUGUCGACCUCGUUUGAAUGCCUUGGUGAGAAGAACACAGGAGCUGAAUAAUUGGGAGGAUGACUAUUCUUACAAUUCCACUAGUCAAAAACUUCAGGUAGAAGUAGAUGGUAGCAAAAGACUUUCUUCCCCUUCUCACAGAAAGCAUGUUGAGACUGAUAUAUUGCAUGCAGCUAACCCAGAACUUGUAAAUGGCUCACAGGGUCCCAAAUCAGAGGAAGGCUCUCUGAACCCAUCUGUGCUUAGUGUUCCCAGUCUAGAGUCGGUUAUUGAAAGUACAAAGCCUAGCUAUUACUUUGGUGAAGGGCCCUCAGUUGCUGGUAUUAGCAAUGGUUGUAGAUCCCUGAGUACUACUAACACUGGAACGCCUCCUUACCUCCAUUUUCCACCUUCUGCUUCUGCUUCCAUCUCUUCAUCCUCUUGCCAUUCAUUCAAGCCACCUUCCAAGUAUGAAGAGCCCAAAAAGAGACUACCUGAGUCCAGAGCAAGGUGCCAUAUUUCACCAACCAAGACACUUGACUGGGACGAGAGCAUAAUAAGAUCACUGGAAGCAGUGAAUGGUGACAUACAGGAAAAGCUUGAAGCACAAGGUUUCACUCCAACUGAGUCACAUUCUCGGCUCUAUUAUGACUUUAAAAAGGAGCAGGAGGCCCAAACAAAUGGAGAACCUGCAGCUCCUGUCAGUCCCUCAAAGGUAAAAGGCAUGAGUUUAGCUGAGUUCAUGAGGAAUAAUGGCAGUCCAACUAAGGUAACAAGUCCAGUGAAAGAGAAGAAUAAAAUUGCUUCAAAGCCUUCACUUAACCAGCUUAACUCAGUGCAUGCUAACAGCAUCAUUACUACGCCUGCUCCGCCACCUCCACCGGUCAUUUUGACUUGUCACCCUAAAAGCCCUGCUUCCAGCCCUGUUCGUACCCGCUCUAGGGUAGCCAGUCCAGAGUGCAAAAUCCAAGGUAGGAUGCUUAAUGUUUUGCUUUGCCAUUUGUUAUUAGGGUCUCAGGAUGGAAAAGUUGGUGACCAGUUUGGGGAGGAAUAUACAAGUCAAGCAGACAGUAGCCCAAAGAAAGUUCAAGGACCAUUUAGUCGUCGUGGACCAGGAAGAACCAGCCAAAGAGACCCCUUAGUCCACACAAACCACCACCUUGAUUUUGUAGGUUUCUUUUUCAAUCUUCAGAAGAAAACUGAAAGAAGUUUUUGUUUGGUUCAUUCUGUGAUAUCUUUGCUGACAUUCAGUGGUACAGUAAUACCUCAAUCUUAUGUGAGGCUAGGUUCCAGAACCCCUCACAACCUGCAGGUAGAUAAUGCAUAUAAUGGAGAUAUGACAAGCAAGACUUCUGUUGCUCAUUCACAUCCUGUAGCUAAACCAACCAAGAAAAUUGCAGUAGAGCCAUCACCAUCCCCAGCAUAUCCCAGAGGUUGCAGCAUUUUCAGAGGGGAAGCACAAGGUUUCACUCCAACUGAGUCACAUUCUCGGCUCUAUUAUGACUUUAAAAAGGAGCAGGAGGCCCAAACAAAUGGAGAACCUGCAGCUCCUGUCAGUCCCUCAAAGGUAAAAGGCAUGAGUUUAGCUGAGUUCAUGAGGAAUAAUGGCAGUCCAACUAAGGUAACAAGUCCAGUGAAAGAGAAGAAUAAAAUUGCUUCAAAGCCUUCACUUAACCAGCUUAACUCAGUGCAUGCUAACAGCAUCAUUACUACGCCUGCUCCGCCACCUCCACCAGUCAUUUUGACUUGUCACCCUAAAAGCCCUGCUUCCAGCCCUGUUCGUACCCGCUCUAGGGUAGCCAGUCCAGAGUGCAAAUCCAAGUGUAACAGACGUGACGUAAGCCCUUCAAAAGUAGACGAGAUGAGAAGUCGCUGGGAACAACACAUCCGGGAUGCCUCACCGGAGCGUGUCGAUCGUUCCAGGAGUCCAGUGAAAUCUCGCUCUGGAACAAGUAGUCCAUCUAAACCUUACCAGUCUCAGAGUAGUAGUCAUAUACAAGCAGGAAGUCCUGUUAAAUUAUCAAGCCCUUCAAAAAAUGGAAAUCUUUCAAGAUUAGGGUCUCGGGAUGGAAAAGUUGGUGACCUGUUUGGGGAGGAAUAUACAAGUCAAGCAGACAGUAGCCCAAAGAAAGUUCAAGGACCAUUUAGUCGUCGUGGACCAGGAAGAACCAGCCAAAGAGACCUUAGUCCACACAAACCACCACCUGUAGGUGAUAUAGUAAAGGGAGAAGCACCUAUGCCAGAAGCGGUUCCUCUUGUAGAUGAACCUUUUAUGUCUUCAGUGAGAGCCAGAGCUGCAGCAUUUGAUUCAGCUGGUGGGAAUCAUUCACCUGAAAAAGACCCUGCAGAAAGAAGUGUUCAAGAACGAAGAGCAAUUUUUAACAAGAAACAGGGUAGUGUACUUAUUCCCAAAGCACCAUUUGGACAAUCAGUUCCUCUCAAGAACCUGCAGGUAGAUAAUGCAUAUAAUGGAGAUAUGACAAGCAAGACUUCUGUUGCUCAUUCACAUCCUGUAGCUAAACCAACCAAGAAAAUUGCAGUAGAGCCAUCACCAUCCCCAGCCAUAUCCCAGAGGUUGCAGCAUUUUCAGAGGGGUCGCUCUCCUUCUCCAACCAAAGAUGAAAGCUCUGUUGGGAUGCAGCGUGUACGCUUUGAAACUAUCAAGGAUAACUGGAGAGAAAAUGAAAUUAACAGCAAGAUACAAACAGAAAGACAAAAGGAAAUGGAUGUGCUCUUGAAUAGGUUUAGGAGACCCAAAGCAAGGGACAAUACUUCAGUAUCAACGCAGCCUGCCCAAUGUCAACCAAACUAUCCCCUUGAAUCUGAAACCGAGUAUGUAGAGAGUGAUGAAUCUUAUGCAGAAUCUACAGUAUCUGAAGAGACAUUAAGAGGGAGUGUUACAGGACCUCCCAAACCACCUCGCCUUUAUCUUGAAGGAGGUUCUUCUGGAUCGUCUGGUUUGCCAUCCCCCCCACGUCAGGAACAAAGUUUUUCAGAUUACUCUCCUGUUCUAAAGGUCCGAUCUCCUGCUGCUAGAUUAAAUUCAACAGAAAUUGAUGAAUUGCAUACCUCUCCCAAGACCAAGAAAGAGUACAUACCUAAGAUAAAACCAGGUUGCAUCUUCCCAUCUCUCUCUGAUAUCGAGUCUCAUUCUGAAGCCCCAGACAGCCAAGAUGAGGAUGAUGUUCAAGACUCAAGUUUUGCAGAAAGUGUGCUGACUUGUACAUCAAUUGAAAGCUUUGGUCAGAAGAUUAAACAGAUGGCACAGUCAAAUCAAAAUAAAGUACUUUCCUCCAUAGCAGAGCAGACAGAAUCAUCAUCAGGAAUUGGACUGAAUAUGUCAGAGAAUACUAUGGAGGCUAUUGAUGCUAUUGAUAAUGCAAUUGAUGAAGCCUUAGAUGAAGAGCCCACACCUCCCAAGAGGCAACGCACUCAUGAGGAACAUUCCUCCAGUAUUUACAAGACACCAAAGGUUAAUCCCGGGUCUCCUAACUACAAUCAUGAUGAUCAAAAUAAUCUUGCACACACUAUUUCAAUGUACCGGAAGCAGAAACCAGAAGUGGCUUGCACUCCAGUUCGUCAGAUUACACGUCAUCCAGAUCUGCGUUCUCCGAGCCCUGAACCACCAGAAAGCCCCUCAGUGACAGUCAGUGCUCGAAUCAGGGAACUUCAAGAAGAGGUAGCAGAGCAACAGAGGGUUAUUUCGCAGGCUUCAAAUGCUGUGACAGUGGUUUUGCAGCAUAUUGAACAUCAAGGAACACCACAACAUGUAGAAGCUGAAAAAUUGUUGUUACUUGCUACUCAGAAGAGACAAACUGCUCUUGAUGAAAUACAGAGACUGAAAACAGAGGGAGCUUUAUCCCAGCACAGCUGGGCUGUGUCAGAAGAUUCUUGUAGAGGAUCCAUCAGUAUAAGUAACAUAUCAGUUCCCUUGAAGAGGGAAUUCAUAGAAAGUGGCAUGAAUGGUCAUGAUGUGUACCACUUGAUUGUUUUGGUUAAACAUAGGGAACAAGUAAUAUCAUCACAGCUUCUGGCUACUCCAUCUUGUGUGGUAGAUGGAUCAGUGACAUUCCCUAAUCUCAUGUCCCUUCACAACCUUACAUCUGAUUUUAUAAUUUCCUUGGAAGUUUAUGCUCUCCGUACAUCGCAGGCUCGGUAUUCAACCAUUAAGAAGGAACAAAGCCGUAUGAAGUUAACCCCAUUGAAGAGACUUCAAAAAAGUGAAUCAAGAAUGGCAUCACCUUCAAUACAGUCCCCAGGUGGACCUUAUGCUGUGAGAAGUUCUUCAUUCCAGUUGGUGGGCUUCAGUCAUUUGAACAUAGCAACAUUAACUAGAAAUGCUUGGACUCUCGAAAAGGUUCCCUUUUCUUCACCACUUGAUGGUCAUCUUUUGAUGCGUGUUAGCUGCAGUUUUGAGGGAGGUAUCACCGAACGGGGAUUCCUCACCAUGUUUGAAGAUAUUGGAGGGUUUGGAGCCUGGAACCGGCGAUGGUGUGUUCUCAGUGGAAUGUUCCUUCGAUAUUGGCGCUACCCUGAUGAUGAGUUUAAGAAAGAAGCAAAUGGACAAAUAGACCUACGUUCUUGUACUACAAGGCGUGUUGAAUUAGUAUCCAGAGAUGUGUGUGCACGACAGCACACUUUCCAACUGACUUGCCUGCGUCCAGCGUACAGUGGAGAUGUUUCCAAUUUGGUUCAGGAAGUCCAAGGAUCAUCUGUAGUAACUAGGCAUCUCUUAUCUGCUGACAGCAAAGAAGAAAGAAUUGUAUGGUGUAACAAACUCAACAAAUCACUAGCAAAUAUUCGAGCAUGGGAUCCAGAUGCUCUUCGUCCUGAAGACUACCAAGUUUAGGCUGAAAAUUCAGCUGAAGUGUUCUUUAUAUUACAGAGAUUCAGUUUUCAGACAAAAUGUAUCACUAAUUUCAGUUUUGUUGUAUAUUGUCAGUAUAUUAUUAUUUUUCUACUUUUUGUUUUAAUAGCUGGUACUGAGUGAACAGUACAUGUAUAAUCAUUUUAAUAGCUGCUACUGACUGAUUAUCCACUGGCAAAAAUGAUUCAGCUUUGUGAAAGCCUUCAGUAUUCAUUACGAAGCUGAAUUAUGUUGUUGAAGGGAGUGUGGUAAAACUACUUGGAAUAAUAAUAGACAGUGUGGAUGGAGUCCAUCAUGAUAAAUUCCGUAGAAAAAUUGUUAAAAAGUACCAAGGUAUUAUUUUAUUGCUUGAACUCUACUUUUUUUGUAAAUAUGGUAAUUUUUAUUUUCUUAUAUAACCUGUCAUCUUAUCUUGAAUGCUUGUAUCACAGACUUAUGCACAUACCAAACAUUUAAAUUUACAUGGCCAUAUAUUGUAAAGUACUUUUAGUACUGAUUCACUGCAUACAGUAUAUCUGGUCCACACAAGUUAUACUAGUACUACGUAUUAGAAUGUAUAAUUUCCAUAUUAACAUAUGUUUCUAUUCAGCUUUGACAAAUAUUACAAAGGCUUUAUGACUUGCAGAUCUGUAUAUAUUUAUAUAUUUUACAUUUUUUAUCUAUCCCAAUAAAAUCACUUUAGUAAAACUUGAUUCAUU